AUGAACAUAGUUAAAGGUGUGGCGGACCUCAUUUGGAGGACUUCGAGUGGCCAAAGUGGAGAAUACAGUGCAGCCGUACAAUCUGGGAGGUUUACACCACCAACUCCGUCGAUCAGCUUCAGUGAGGUAGGCGAUGAAGGGAUCUUGAAGACUCUCUUGGAAAGAUACAUAAAUACUGAUGAAGAGGUGGAGAAGAGAAAGUUGUUCCAAAUCUUUAUUAAGCAAUUCUUGACUAUAUACCGGAAUUGGAAACCAUCUAAUCUGGGUCAGUCUCCCGAAGAAGUGCUUGCUAUUUCACCUGUAAAAUAUGAACAUAAUUUUGCUGAUGUGGUGGUUGGCUGCAACUUUGGCCACCCUGCUGAAGUAAUACAGAUCUUGAUUGAAGAAGUCUCACAGAUAACCAGACUACUUGCUGACAAUCAAGUGGGUAUUACAACGUGCAUCAACAUCACAAGUGAAUCAUGGAUGACCUUAGAAGCUCUGACUGUUGUGACUUUGUCCGUUCAUAACUGCAAAGUCUUUGGUUACUAUUCUGGGAUUCAGAAGCUUACGGCAUUGAUGAAAGCUGCUGUUGUCCAACUUAAGACCAUUACUAGUGCACUUCAAGCAGAUCAAAGUUUGUUAAAUAAUAUGGUACAAAACACUGGAGUUUUGCAGCAGCUAUUGGUUCAUGUGGUGUCCAUCAUUUGCCAUUUCAUUGAUUUUCCUUCAAGCAUAGAGGAAAAUGUGCUGUUGAAAAGUAUCGACAUGGAACCGUCUGCAGCUAGAAGUGGUGUAAAUGUUAGCCUUUCUCGUGCUUUAAAACCUGCUGUUUCUGAAGCAACCUUGUCGUGGCAUCAAACAACUGUUGUAUCACUUAUGGAAGCUGGUGGACUUAAUUGGUUAUUAGAGAUAUUGCGUCUGAUCAGGAGAUUGAUUAUGAAAGAACAGUGGGCAGACAUGUUGCUUCAGCAUUUGACUCUCAGAGCUCUUCGAUCAGCUUUGUCUGGUAAUCAACGUGGUCAAAAUCAUUUCCGAAGUAUUGGAGGCUUGGAAGUUCUGUUAGAUGGACUGGGAGUUCCCUCAGUUGAUAGAUUGAUUUCAAGUUCUUCAUCAAGUGAUGAAAUAAGGAGCCAAAAUCCUUUGGAGGGUAUUUUUAAUCUCCAUGUUCUCUCAUUGGAGAGCCUCAGGGAAGCUAUUUACGGAAAUCUGAAUAAUUUGCAAUUUCUUUGUGAGAAUGGAAGGAUACAAAAGUUUGCAAAUAGUUUCUGUUCGGUUGCAUUUAUGAUUCAAGAGUACAAACGGGGCAAGGACUCCUCUUGGAAGAAGUAUCUGGAUGAAUUUGAGGAAAGAAAAACUAAUGCUUCAGAUAUUUGUGAAGGGGAGCUGUUCCCUCCAUUUUCAUCCGAUCCAUAUUAUGUAAAGAAUUGGAAAGAUUAUGUUGCUAGGUUGAGUGGAGCUCUUUGUUUUUUCCUUCUUGAAGGAAAAGAAAACACAUUCUACCGUGUUCAACCAACUGUCAGUGGAAGUACCAUAAUGAUGUCAGCGGUGUAUGCCGAACUUUCUGUAAAGUGGUUCACGAGGGUGCUUCUAACGGUUUUUCCAUGCAUUAAGGCAUGUUCGGAUCAAGGGGAAAUUCCUAACCACUUAAGGAUCUUUGCUUGCACGAUGCAACAUUAUGUUCUUUUCGCGUUUAAAAAGGUUCUUCUUUCAUCACCGUCGUUAGUUGAUGUCUUCCGUGCUGAAGGUGUGUGGGAUUUCAUCUUCUCUGAGAAUUUUUUCUACUUUGGCCCAGCUCCUACAGAGUUUUCUAGACAGAAUAUUAGUUGGUGUGAGGUUCCUUUAGUGGAUGAAGAAGGAUCUACUUCAGGUUCUGUUGUGGAUCAACCUAACUCUAAUCAAGUUGAGAUUCUACAAGUUGAAAUAAUCUCAUUCCUGGAGUUUGCAGCUACUUUAAGUGGAAGUAUCCAUAACCUGCCUGAAUGUACAGUUUUGCUGGAUGCUCUUGAACAAUCUGCCUGUAAUCCUGAGCUCGCCAUUAUUUUAGCGAAGAGCCUGACUCGUGUGUUGCAGAUUUCAGCUGAGAAAACAAUUUCUUCAUUUAAGACACUUUCUGCAAUUCCUCGGAUUCUCAAAGUUGCCUGUAUUCAGGUCGAGGAGUCUAAAAGGCCUGUCACUAUAUGUUCUUCUAUGGAAUCCACUUCUAGUGGUGAGGCAUCCUGUCAAAGCCAUGAACUGUCUGGUUCACCUGAGAGGACUGGUUGGGCAAAAUGCAUGAGAACAUUCUUGGAACUAUUUGCAGGAUACUUUUCAGUGUCAGAUGACACAAAACUUUCCAUUUUGAGCAAUUCUAUGUGUAUCAGUUGUAUGUUUGAAUUGUUCUGGGAAGAAGAUCUAAGAAAUCUUAUCCUCAAUUAUGUUCUCGACCUUAUGAAGAUAGUUCCAUUUUCUGAGGAGGUGCAGAAAGCGAAAGUAUUUCUAUGCUCUAAGUACUUGGAAACAUUUACGCAUUUGAAAGAACGUGUUAAGAAUUUUGCAGAUUUGUCUAUUGAGUUGCUGGUUGGGAUGAGAGAGUUGCUAUUAACAGAUCGUGUGUAUUAUCAAGAUUUGUUCCGUGAAGGUGAAUGUUUUUUGCAUGUCCUAUCUUUGUUGAAUGGAAAUCUGAAUGCUGAAAAUGGCGAGAAGUUGGUUUUGAAUGUGAUCCAAACGCUGAUUUGCUUACUGUCACAGAAUGAUGCUUCGAAGGCUGCUUUUAGGGCCCUUGUCGGAAAAAGUUAUCACACUUUACGGAGUUUGUUGUUGGAUUUCUGCCAGUGGCAGCCCAGUGAAUCACUUCUAAGUGCACUGCUUGAUAUGUUGGUUGAUGGGAAAUUCGAUCUGAAAGUGAAUUCUGUUAUAAAGAAUGAAGACGUGAUCUUGCUUUAUCUCAGUGUCCUUCAAAAGAGCAGUGAUCCAUUGCAGCAGCAUGGGCUCAAUAUAUUCCUGCAUCUGCUAAGGGAUUCCCUAUCUAAUCGGGCGUCAUGUGUUAGAGCAGGAAUGCUUGACUUUCUUCUGAACUGGUUUUCACAAGACAACUCUGAAACUCUGGUUUGGAAAAUCUCCCAGUUAAUACAAGUGAUUGGUGGGCAUAGCAUAUCUGGAAAGGAUAUACGGAAAUUUUUCGCAAUGCUUCGUAACCAGGGUAUUGAGCCUCAGCGAUCCUUGAGCUCGUUACUCUUAACUAGCAUGUCAGCAAUGCUAAACGAAAAGGGUCCAACAGCAUUCUUUGAUCUAAAUGGGAUUGAUUCUGGUAUUGUAAUCAAAACACCAGUCCAGUGGCCUGUAAACAAGGGAUUUUCAUUUACAUGUUGGCUUCGGGUAGAAAGCUUUCCUCAAAGUGGAUCAAUGGGGCUCUUUAGUUUUCUUACAGAAAAUGGACGAGGUUGCUAUGCUGCUCUUUUGAAGGACAAGUUAAUUUAUGAGUCAAUUAAUCAGAAACGGCAACGUGUUUCGUUGAAGUUCAACCUUGUCCGAAAGAAGUGGCACUUUUUCUGUUUAGUUCAUUCUGUUGGUAGAGCAUUUUCUGGGGGAAGCCAGCUGAAAUGUUAUUUGGAUGGGGUUCUUGUGUCCACUGAAAAGUGCAGGUAUGCAAAAGUGAGUGAACCAUUGAGUAGCUGCACGAUUGGAACUAAACUGUAUCUACCUAGCUAUGAGGAAGAGAAUGGCGUGCAUUCUGUCAAAGAUUCUUAUCCUUUUCUUGGUCAAAUUGGUCCCACUUACUUGUUCAGCGAUGCCGUCUCUUCUGAACUUGUGCAGGGCGUUUGUUUUCUAGGGCCAAGUUAUAUGUACUACUUUCUUGAUAAUGAAAUUUCAGUUUAUGUUGAUAACUUCUUGCCUGGUGGAGUUCUGGAUGCAAAAGAUGGUCUAGCAUCAAAGAUUAUCUUUGGAAUAAAUGCACAGGCAAGUAAUGGCCGUACAUUAUUUAAUGUUUCGCCAAUUGUGGAUAGUGCACUUGAUAGGAAACUUUUUGAAGCAACUGUAUUGGGUGGCACUCAGCUAUGCUCUCGAAGGCUGCUGCAGCAGAUCAUUUAUUGUGUUGGAGGGGUGUCUGUGUUUUUCCCUUUGCUAACUCAGUGUGAUAUGUUUGGAAACAGCAAAAGUGAACGAAUUGGGCAGAUGUUGCUCACUCCUAUCGCCAAGGGUCACUUAACUGCUGAAACCAUUAAGCUUAUAGCAUCUACUUUGGAUGAUAACUUGGCCAAUCAACAACAGAUGCUGCUGCUUUCGGGAUUUUCAGUACUGGGAUUUUUACUGCGCUCAGUUCCUGCCGAGCAGCUAUAUUUGGAAACUCUUUCAUCAUUGAAGCAUUUGUUUAGUGUUGUUGCUAAUGGCGGAUUGUCAGAAUUGCUGGUAAAAGAUGCUAUUUGUUAUAUCUUUCUUGAUCCCCAUAUUUGGGUCAACACAGUGUACAAGGUGCAGCGGGAACUGUACAUGUUCCUUAUUCAGCAAUUUGAUAAUGAUCCGAGGUUGUUGAAGAGUUUGUGUAGGCUGCCUCGUGUGAUUGAUAUUGUUCGGCAGUUUUACUGUGAUAAUUCGGAGAGCAAACCUGCUCUCGAGAAGAAGCGAAGUACGUAUGUCAUGACAGAACAAAGCAUUGGACAGAAGCCUGACAAAGAAGAAAUACGUAAAAUUCGUCUCCUUUUAUUAAGUCUUGGUGAGAUGAGUCUCAGGGAGCAAAUAACAGUUGCUGAUGUAAAAGCGCUCGUUGCAUUUUGUGAAUCCUGUGAGGAUAUGGCUUGCGUUGAAGAUAUUGUAAACAUGAUGAUACGUGCUGUGUCCCACAAACAACUUCUUGGUUCCUUUCUUGAGAAAGUGCAUUUAAUUGGAGGCUGUCACAUUUUUGUUAAUUUUUUGUUGAGGGAUUUUGAGCCAGUUAGAUUGCUAGGCUUACAAUUCAUUGGAAGGCUUCUAGUCGGUCUGCCAGCAGAGAAGAAAGGGUCGAAAUUUUUCAACAUUUCUGUUGGGAAGUCCAAAUCUUUAUCUGAAAGACAUAAAAAGAUUAGCAUUGAUAUGCUACCAAUUUUCUCCAUGAUAGCCGACAGGCUUUUCAAAUUUCCCCAGACAGAACUUCUCUGUGCCACGAUGUUUGAUGUUCUUCUAGGUGGUGCUAGCCCAAAACAGGUUUUGCGAAAGCAUUAUCAAUCUGAUCGGCAGAAGCACAACAAAAAUAAUUGUCAGUUCUUCCUUCCUCAGGUUUUACCUCUCAUUUUCAGAUUUUUAUCAGGUUGCGAGGACCACACAUCAAGAAUAAAAAUUAUGGGUGAUCUACUAGAUCUUCUUGAUUCAAAUCCAUCAAACAUUGAAGCUCUUAUGGAAAAUGGAUGGAAUGCUUGGCUGGUUGCCUCUACGAAGCUUGAUGUGAUAAAGAAUUACAAAGUGAAAGUGCAAAUACGCGGUGACCCUGUGAUGGAUGAACAAUAUUUUGUGAGAAAUGCAUACAGUGUUGUUCUAUGUCACUAUAUGCUUUCUGUUAAAGGUGGCUGGCAGCAUUUAGAAGAAACUGUGAAUUUCCUUCUAAUUCAAUCUCAACAAGUUAUCUCAUAUAAAUAUUUUCUUCGUGAUUUGUAUGAAGAGUUGAUCCAGAAGCUAAUAAACUUAUCUACCGAAGAAAAUAUUUUUCUCUCUCAGCCAUGUCGGGACAACACAUUGUACCUUGUAAAAUUAGUUGAUGAAAUGCUGAUAUCUGAAAUGGAUCGUUGCCUUCCGUUUCCUGCAAGCAGUUCCACGGUUCCACAAUUUUCGGAACUAGACAACUGGCCAGAUUUAAGUGCUGCUUUACCUGACGCUUUGCAGGGAGAAACUGCUGCAGACUUGACCAGGACCUCUUGGGGACAGAAUCAGCAUGACUUGAAUGAAGAAAAGUUUGCUGAUGAGUGGUGGAAUAUAUAUGACAAUCUUUGGAUCGUCAUCAGUGAAAUGAAUGGAAAGGGACCGAGCAAGAUGUUACCAAGAUCCUCAUCAUUUGUGGCGCCAUCAUUAAGCCAAAGGGCUCGUGGAUUGGUGGAAUCACUGAACAUCCCUGCUGCUGAGAUGGCGGCAGUUGUCUCAGGGGGAAUUAGUAAUGCACUUGUGGGAAAGCCGAACAAAACUAUAGACAAGGCUAUGCUAUUGAGAGGGGAAAGAUGCUCAAGAUUUGUUAACCGCCUCAUGGUUAUCUAUCUUUGUAGAUCAUCACUUGAGAGAGCAUCACAGUGUGUUCAGCAGGUCAUUCCUGUUUUGCCUUUCCUUCUGGCUGCUGAUGAUGAGCAAAGCAAGAAUCGGCUGCAGCUUUUUAUCUGGUCAUUGCUUGUCGUUAGGUCCCAGUAUGGGAUGCUUGACGGCGGGGCCCGCUUUCACGUCAUUUCUAGCUUGAUAAGAGAAACAAUCAACUGUGGUAAGUCAAUGCUGGCGACGAGUAUCAUUGGUGGUGACGAUUUCUCUGAUUUGGGUAAUAAUUCGAAGGAAGGAAACACUUUAUUCAGUUUCCUCCAAAAGGAUCGACUUCUUGGUGCGGUUGCUGAUGAAGUCAAGUACAUUAAGUGUACGACAGCUGACCGUAAUUUGCAAUUAGAUGAACUGCGAAGUAGGAUGGAAGAAAAUGCAUCAGUAGAAUGUAACCAGAAGAAAGCUGUAGAGGAUCAGCUACAUGGUACUUUAAGUACAAUUCUUGCUUCGGAUGAGAGUAGAAGAUCUUUGUUUCAGCUCUCUUUGGAUGAGGACCAGCAAAUUGCUGCUGAAAAGUGGAUUCAUACUUUGCGCUUGCUGAUUGAUGAAAGGGGUCCUUGGUCUGCAAAUCCUUUCCCAAAUAACCUUGUUACACAUUGGAAACUGGAUAAAACAGAGGACACAUGGCGUCGUAGGCAAAAAUUGAGACAAAAUUAUCAUUUUGAUGAUAAACUUUGUCAACCCUCAUUAGUAGUACCUAGCGGCAGAGCACGUCCGUCUACAAAUGAUAGCAAACUUGGCUUUGGAACUCUGACUGCAGAGAAAAUGAAGCAAUUUUCAGUUAAAGGAAUUCAUAGUAUUACUGAUGUGGGGUCUCCAGAACAAAAUGAAAAUGAAUCUCACUCUGGCCAGCAAAAGAUCUCAGAGGUUGAGGGUUCUUCAGAUAAACAGUAUCCUGAGGUGGCAAAGGAGGGUGGCGAGCAGGAAAUUGUGCAAGAUAGAGAAGAAUAUCUGUCGGUGACAGAAUCAGAGAACAGUGAGGUUCUCAUGGAAAUUCCAUGUGUGCUGGUAACACCAAAGAGGAAAAUAGCUGGGCGUUUGGCCAUUAUGAAAAAGUUCUUACAUUUCUUUGGUGAGUUUUUGGUGGAGGGUACAGGAGGGACAUCUGUUCUUAAGACCUAUUUUUCUUCGGGCAAUUCUGAUCACAGUAAGCUGGAACAUGUUGGAGGACUUCCCAGGCAAAAGGUUCUCAAAUUGCCCAUGCAUUUGAAUCUGGGUUCUGAAAAACCAUCUGUCGGUGAGAAUAUUAGUUCAGUUGACAGAACUAAUGAUCAUAAACUGCAUAACAGUGUAAAGCGCCAUAGGUGGUGGAGCAUGUCCAAGAUCAAGGCCGUCCAUUGGACUCGAUAUUUGCUGAGAUAUACUGCUAUAGAGAUCUUCUUUCUUAGCUCUGUUGCUCCAAUAUUUUUGAGUUUUUCAUCACAAAAAGAUGCAAAAGACGUUGGGAACUUGAUAGUAGCAACAAGAAAUGAAUCUGUAUUCCUCAAGGGACAAAAGGACAAAACUGGAGCUAUAUCAUUUGUUGAUAGACGCCUAGCCCAGGAAAUGGCGGAAACUGCUAGAGAAAGCUGGAGGAGAAGAGAGAUUACAAACUUUGAGUAUCUGAUGAUUCUUAACACCCUCGCAGGAAGAUCCUACAAUGAUAUUACCCAGUAUCCUGUGUUUCCAUGGGUAUUAGCAGAUUAUUCAUCUGAGACGCUUGAUCUAAAGAAGUCUUCAACUUUCAGAGAUUUAUCAAAGCCUGUUGGUGCCCUUGAUCCAAAACGAUUUGAGGUGUUUGAGGAUAGAUACAACAAUUUUGUCGAUCCUGAUAUUCCCAGUUUCUACUACGGAUCACAUUACUCAAGCAUGGGAAUUGUACUCUUUUACCUACUUAGGUUAGAGCCAUUUACCGCACUUCACCGUAGUUUGCAGGGUGGUAAAUUUGACCAUGCCGACCGGCUUUUCCAAAGCAUUGAAGGGACUUACAGAAAUUGCCUUUCCAAUACAAGUGAUGUGAAGGAAUUGAUUCCAGAAUUCUUUUAUAUGCCAGAAUUUUUAAUGAAUUCGAAUUCAUAUCAUUUUGGAGUAAAACAAGAUGGUGAACCUAUAGGUGAUGUUUGCCUCCCUCUCUGGGCCAAGGGCUCACCAGAUGAAUUCAUUAAUAGAAACAGGGAGGCCCUUGAAAGUGAGUAUGUUAGUUCAAACCUCCAUCACUGGAUUGAUUUAGUUUUUGGAUACAAGCAGCGUGGAAAACCAGCUGUUGAGGCUGCAAAUAUCUUUUAUUAUUUAACAUAUGAAGGUGCUGUUGACUUGGAUAACAUGGAAGAUGAUUUGCAAAGAUCAGCCAUAGAAGACCAGAUUGCUAAUUUUGGUCAGACGCCAAUUCAAAUUUUUCGGAAGAAACAUCCGAGGAGAGGGCCACCAAUCCCAAUUGCUCAGCCUCUGAGAUAUGCUCCUGGCUCUAUCAAUUUAACUUCUGUAGUUUCGGGUGUAAACAAUUCUUCUUCAGCGGUACUUUAUGUCAAUGCAUUGGACUCGUGUAUCCUCACUGUGAGCCAAAACCUUACGAUGUCUGUUAAGACGUGGCUGACUACCCAAUUGCAAUCUGGUGGGAACUUUACGUUUUCUAGCUCUCAGGAUCCUUUCUUUGGGAUUGGCUCCGAUGUACUUUCUCCUUGUAAAAUUGGGAGUCCUCUUGCCGAUAACUUUGAGCUUGGAGCACAAUGCUUUGCCACCUUGCAAACACCAUCUGAGAGUUUUCUCAUCUCCUGUGGCAACUGGGAAAAUAGUUUUCAGGUCAUGUCCCUCAGUGAUGGAAGAAUGGUGCAGAGUGUCAGACAUCACAAAGAUGUUGUGAGCUGUGUUGCAGUUACAGCUGAUGGAAGCAUUCUAGCUACAGGAAGCUAUGAUACCACUGUCAUGGUGUGGGAAGUUCUUCGUGUUAGAAAUGCCGAAAAGAGAUCCCGUUCGAGGACCGAAAUCCCUUGGAAGGAUUGCGUAGUUGCCGACACUCCAUUUCACAUUCUCUGCGGACAUGAUGACAUCAUCACAUGCUUGUACGCGAGUACCGAGCUCGAUCUCAUAAUAAGUGGUUCACGAGACGGGACUUGUAUUUUCCAUACUCUGCAGGAAGGUAGGUAUGUGAGGUCACUUCGGCAUCCUAGUGGCAGACCACUGUCCAAGCUUAUAGCUUCUCGUCAUGGGCGUAUUGUACUUUACGCGGACGAUCUUAGUUUGCAUCUCUAUUCUAUAAACGGAAGGCACAUAUCAACUGUCGAGUCCAAUGGCCGGCUGAGCUGCCUUGAGCUGAGUAGUUGUGGGGAUUUUCUGGUUUGUGCGGGGGACCAGGGCCAGAUUGUCUUGCGCUCUAUGAAUUCGCUCGAAACCCUUAUGAAGUAUGCUGGAGCUGGAAAGUCGAUUAGUUCGCUGACUGUGACGCCUGAAGAAUGUUUUAUAGCCGGGACUAAAGAUGGCAGCCUUCUCGUGUACUCCAUUGAGAAUCCUCAGCUUCGUAGAACUGGCGUUCAAAGGCAUUCAUGA